AUGGAUUUGGGUGUUUCCUGCAUUGCUGCAUUUGCAGUACAGACGCAGUUCAUUACUUGUGGCUUUGCCUCAAUCCUUUUUGGGGUCCGGACUUUGCUUGCCACAUACUUCUCUAAGGUUGAGUUCAGAUCUGAGGAGUCCAGAGAAGAGAACUUCGGCCCCUUUGAGCACCACCCCUCGCCCCGCUGCGAGAUCCAGUCCUCUGUUAAAAAUGACGCGAAGCCGGCGGACACAAAGAAACCCAUCCUGACAAAAUCCCCGACCGAGUCAAAGAAGCCCGACGGAGCUGCUCCAACCAGCCCCGGCCCCACCCGUCCUAAAACUACCAGACCCGCUGCUCCAAGACCACUUACUAGACCCAGUGCUUCAGCAGAUGCCAAGAAAGUACCCACCACCAGACCCGCCCCUCUGAACAAGCCCAUCCCUGCUCCAAAACAGCCGCGUCCAGCCACGGCCCCUGACGUGAAGAACAUUCGCUCGAAGAUCGGAUCCACCGACAACCUGAAGCACCAGCCUGGUGGAGGCAAGGCCAAUGUAGAGAACAAACCAGUGCCAGCCAGCACAGCCCGAAAACCAGUGCCCCCCGCUGCCCCUAAACCAGCCGCCAGUAAACCCGCAGACACUAAAGAGGCUGCGCAAAAGCAAAGCAAUGGGAAAGUCCAGAUUGUCUCCAAAAAAGCCAACUACAGCCACGUUCAGUCCAAGUGUGGCUCAAAGGACAAUAUUAAGCAUGUUCCUGGUGGUGGGAAUGUAACAAACUCUACAAAGCCAUCUGUGGGCGCUGCCCGCCUGCCUGCAUCCGGCGGCCACAAACCUGGCAGUGCCAAUGUACAGAUUCUGAACAAAAGAAUAGAUGUGUCCAAGGUUCUGGCCAAGAGCGGAUCGAAGGCCGGUACCAAGCAGAAGACUGGUAAAUAUCCAUGUUGGGUCAUUGUAUAUCGUGAUGUGGGCACGCGUAGGGGCGGGGCUCAAAAUGUCAAGUCCUGA